AUGUCAAGUCUGCCUCAACAUUCGAAUGCUAAUGAUGUACAUGGUUCUGUUCCACAAGUAUCAUCGAAAUCGGCUGCUGAUGUACAUGGUUCUGUUUCAAACGUUUCUCCGAACCCGGCUGCUGAUGUUCAUGGAUAUGCAAAUUCACAGAAUGUCAACAAUAUAAUUCCUCAUAUUGAAGAGUUGAAAGGACAUUUGAAAACUUACGUUGACAAGAAAUUUGAGGAACUGAUUAUUUUGAUAAAAGCAAAUCACUCCCAGCUGAUGCAAUCUAUAGGCAAAGAGAACACCAAUUUUCAGGCUAAUACAAGCACAUUUCAGUCUGACAAACAAACAUCUCAGCAAAUACCAAUUGAUCUCGAUGAUAUGGGUGGUGUAGCUGAGGAUGGUGGUGGUUUUUCUGGUAAAAAUGGUGAGCAUCAUAUCGUAGACGAUGCAGGGGAUGUCGAUGUGGAUAGUGUUGGUGUUUCCGUAAAUGAGGGUGAACAAAUAUUCAGUGAUAAUCCAAAGGUAAUGUUUAUGAUACAUUGGGUAUGUUGUGUAUCAUGCACAUAUAGUCAAUGCUUUGUAUCAUGAUCACUUUCUUUUCUCAUUUUAUAUUCUGUCAUGUAUCAUGCAUAUUUACUCAAUACUAUGUAUCA